AUGACUGAAGAAGCUGCUAAGAUGUGUUUAGUUGGAGAUACUAGUGUUGGAAAAACAUGUAUAGUAAAUAGGCUAGUUAAAGGUGUGUUUAAUAAUUCUGAAAAAUCAACUAUUGGAUCAAAUUUUGUUACUGCUUCAAUUCAAGUUGAUAACAAGCCAUUUAGACUAGCUAUUUGGGAUACUGCUGGACAAGAAAAAUAUCGUUCUAUGGUUAGUAUGUAUUAUCGUGGGUCACUUGGUGCAAUGCUUGUUUAUGAUGUAACUCAAGAAUCCAGUUUCCAAGAUGUUCGUAUGUGGCUUGACGAAUUAAAAAAUACAGAAAAAGAUAUUGCUGUUAUUAUUGUUGGUAAUAAAUGUGAUUUAGUGGCAAAUCGAGUAGUAUCAACAGUUGAUGGUGAAAAACUUGCAGAAGAAUUACACUGUUUAUUUUGUGAGGUUUCUGCAUUAGAUGGGACAAACAUUACCCACGCAUUCACUGAACUUGCUAAACAUAUGAAAUUACCAGAAGAGGGUCCUCAAUAUGGAUUAACACCUAACCAAUUAAAUAAACAGAAUAAUAACAAUUGUUGCUAA